GGUUAAGCUGGGUUGCUGCUGUUGCCGCCGCUGGAGAGAGGCUCCCGGGAAGCGGACUCUGGAGAAGCCGGGCUGAAGGGACCGGGGCGGAAGAGAGACCGGCCUCGACGUGCCCGCGCCUGCCGCGCACGCGGGGAGCGGGCGUGUGAGGAAGAACCGAGGCCGGCGGCUCGUUGCCGGAGCCUGGACCCGGCCAGAGGGACGCGAGCGAACUUUCCCAGCAGCUGGUGGUGCGGGUGUUAGCCCGACACCUCAAUCUGCAGAUCGCACCAGGAAGUUGUGGCGCCAGGAGGUCUGAGGGUGAGGCCGACCUGUGUGAGGCUGCUUUAGGUAUUCCAGGAGUUAGGUUUACUCAGCAUGUUCCCACUGGCUGAAAAAGACAAGCCUAUUGCCUGGUUGCUGUUCAGUACUGGCACUUGUCCCCGAUGUAUCUUCAGAUUCUGUUGUGUGGAUUUCCAUGCACCUUACAAACUUCCAUACAAGGACUUGCUUAGGGAGCUAGAGAAUUUCCUGAAAACUGAAGAUGAUGAUUUAACUUUGGAGGCCAGCAAACCACCUCUCAAGAAGAUUCGAUUGCAAGAUAGUGAGGCUCAAAUUGAUGAUCAGAGUCAAAAUGGUGGGGAAAUGACUGCCAUUGUGAAGGACGAAAACAUGAUACUUGAGAAGCCAUAUCUAAAUGCAUGCAAUAUAUGCUUGGGAAUUCUGCAAGAAUUCUGUGAGAAGAAGUUUAUUAAAAAGGUAUGUCAGAAGGUUGAAUCUGCUGGGUACGAGUUCACCAACUUGGUAUUUUCAGUGUCCUUUCCGCCACAGCUGUCUGUAAGAGAGCAUGCUGCAUGGUUGCUGGUAAAACAGGAAAUGGGGAAACAGGGCCUAUCACUAGGAAGAGAUGAUAUUGUUCAGCUUAAAGAAGCCUACAAAUGGAUUACUCAUCCCUUGUUCUCGGAGGAGCUGGGUGUUCCUGUUGAUGGGAAGAGCUUGUUUGAAGUAAGUGUGAUCUUUGCUCACCCUGAAACAGAUGAGGAUUGCUACUUCCUGAGCACUUCAUGCCCAGACUGUUUCAAGCCAGCCAAAAAUAAACAGUCUGUAUUCACUAGAAUGGCAGUUGUGAAAGCUUUGGACAAAAUAAAAGAAGAAGAUUUCCGCAAGAAGUUUCCUUGUCCUCCAAAUUCACCAAAGGCUUUUUGCUCUGCUGUUGAAAUUGAAUGUGCUCAUGGUGCAGUCUUUGUAGCUGGAAGGUAUAAUAAAUACUCCAGAAAUUUACCACAGACUCCUUGGAUAAUUGAUGGAGAAAGAAAACUGGAGUCCUCAGUGGAAGAAUUGAUUUCCAGUCAGCUUUUGACAGUAUUUAAAGCUGAGAGUUUUAAUUUUUCAUCAUCUGGAAGAGAAGACGUGGACGUGAGAACAUUAGGAAAUGGAAGGCCCUUUGCAAUUGAACUGGUGAAUCCCCGGAGAGUCCAGUUCACCUCACAAGACAUUAAAGAACUUCAGCAGAAAAUCAACAUCUCUUCAGACAAAAUCCAAGUGCGAGACUUGCAGCUUGUUACCAGAGAAGCAAUAGGACAUAUGAAAGAAGGCGAAGAAGUGAAGACUAAGACUUAUAGUGCCUUAGUCUGGAUAGAUAAAGCAAUACAGAAGAAGGACAUUGAAUUCCUAGAUGAUUUGAAGGACUUAGAGAUCAACCAGAAAACACCACUUCGGGUUCUUCACCGAAGACCUUUAGCCGUAAGAACUCGUCUCAUUCACACCAUGGAGACGCACUAUAUAGAUGAGCAUCAUUUUCGUCUCCAUUUGAAGACUCAGGCAGGAACCUACAUUAAAGAGUUUGUGCAUGGAGACUUUGGGAGAACCAAGCCAAAUAUUGGUUCCCUGAUGAAUGGGACAGCUGAUAUUCUGGAGCUGGAUGUAGAGUCUGUCGAUGCUGACUGGCCACCUGCUGUGGAUGGUUAACUUUCAAGAUGGGAAUCCGAAGAGCAGCUUUGGUAUUAUCCUGCAGAAGAUAUCUGUUUACAUAGUAUAGACUGCAAAAUAGCUUCUUUUUUCUCCCUCAAGUGUCUUCAAGACUUACUUGGAUCACAUUGAUCUGAACAGUUUUCUAAUCAUUAGCAUUUAUUCAUCUAAUUUGUAAUUUUUUAGACAUUAAGUUGAUCUGAGGAUAUUUUAUUGUGGUUUGUUUUUCUUUUCAUCCACUCCAUGAAAUAGUGACUGAUAAUGCUUUAUCUCCACCUGUUUCUUUUUGAGAGGUAUGUAGACUACAAGAUACAUUUGCAAGAUACAAGAUACAUUUAACAGACACAUAAUUUAUUAGUCCUGGAGAAAGUGAAAUUUUCUUCAGUCGAUGAGAUAUACCAUGCUCCUUUUGUAUUCUGAAUCAAAAAAUUUCCCUGCUCUUUGAAAUAAAGUCAGCUAUAAGUUAUAUAUAGACUUAGGAAACAUUAGGUAAGGAAAGGAGGUGAUGUAGAGGAUCAAGUGCUGGAGGUGGAGUCAGGAAGACUUGAGUUCAAAUCCAGCCUCAGACUCUUAGUAGUAUGAUCCUAAGCAAGUAUCUUAAAUUUCCAGCCUGAGUUUCCAAAUAGGAAUAAUAAUAGCACCGACCACUCAGGGUUAUUGUGAGGAUAGAAUGAGAUAACACAUGGAAAAUGUUAUGCAAACCUUAAAGCAUUAUGUAAAUUUUAGCUUUUAUUUUCAGCAGAUAAACAUUCUUCAAAGUACAAAACUAAUUUCAGCUAAUUGAUUUUUUUUCAAAUCAUGUCUUAAUUGUAUUGUAAUACACUGAUGGCACACUUUUUUACUAACCACCCUAUUACUGGCAUUGCUAUUAUUUUUCCUGUGGAAGAAAAACAGAGUCCUGAGUAAUGAUGCAUAUAUAUAGUAUGUACAGUGGACUUUCGAGAUAACCUUUUAAAUAAAAAAGGUUGAGGGCAGCUUUUGUCUCCACAGAAAAUAUGUCAUAUACCAGAAAAUCUUGUAUUUGUUGGGGAAGUCAGGAAAAUGAAUGGAUUUGAAAAUCUUGGAAUGUUGAUUAACACUUCACUCAACCUGGAUGUGGGUGCCUGCUUAUUCGCAUAUCUAUAGACUCCUUCCUUGUAAUUUUAGAUAAAAUCCACAACUUCAGAGGUCAGAGGAGAAUUUCAUUACUCUUCUUAUGUUAAUGGUGAAGGAAGCUUAAAACACCCUGGUUUGGGCCUCUUAUCAGUUGGGGGAUUCCUUUAAAAAAUCUAUGACUUGUUCUUUUACUGAUGGAGAUGUAAGCAGGAGUGGAGACCCUCAUGGGCUGGGGCUUAGCUGUUCUUCAGAUUGUAAGGUGUGAAGUGCUCAGCCAGUGAGAGGCAGGCAGAGAACAGUAGAAACAGGCUGGCGUUUGUCUGAGCCCGUGUACUCAUCAAGGGAGCUACCCAUUUAUUCAGAAAGAAUAAAUGUAAAAUAAACAUAAUGAAACUUUCCUAGCUUUCCAACAAGUAUUGGGUUUUUGACUGAGCAUGAUUCUCACAGCCUGGAUUUCUGGGAAUUGUUUGGAAAGUUAAGUGAUACAUAAAUAUAAGAUAGUAGGUGGCUUUAUUCUCAUUACUGAGUAUCACACCGUUUACUCAUAUUGAGCUGGUGUUCCACUAAAACCCCAGUCUUCUUUUCAGACAAAGUACUGUCAGCCCUGCCUCCCCACUUAUUCUUCCAGAUCCUGACAUCAGGAACGCAGGCUUUCUAAUAUAUUGGGUUAGCAGCCGAAGCAACAUAUUAGAAGUUACUGGAGAGCCAGACCUGAACAGGAACCCCCGAAGUAUCCAGGGACAAAGAAGAAGUAAGGAAGCAUAGUGGAACAACUGAGGAGUCAGAAGAGACCUGGGUUCGAAUCUCGGUUCUGAUGCUUCCUAUCUGUGUGACCUUUCUGACAAAGUGAUAUUGCAGAAGUGCACAUUUGUCUUUAUCACUGCCCUGCUCCACAAAUUUCAGUGGCUCUCUAUUUCUUUUAGAAUCAAAUACAAAACUCUUUAAUUGGCAUUUCUAUGGUUCUAGCUUUGUUAUACAUUACCCCCUUCUGUACCCUUUGGUCUGGCUGAACUGACCCAUUUGCUUAAUAUCCUCUUAGCUCUUAGAAUCCCUAGUUUCCUUCAAAAUUCAUCUUAUAUACCACCUAUGUGAAAUCUUUCCUGAUCUCCCAGUGCAGCCCCACCUCCCCCGCCCAUUACCCUUUAUGUCUCAAGGAUGCAAACUGCUUGGAGUUGGAGACUCUCUGUCUCAGAGCCUGGCACCAGAUGUAGGGCUUAAUAAAUGGUUUUUUUUUUUUUUUUUGGAGUGGGGAAGGCAAGGCAAUUGGGGUUAAGUGACUUGCUCAAGGCCACACAGCUAGGAAGUGUGGCAAGUGUCUGAGGCUGGAUUUGAACUCAGGUCUUCCUGACUCCAGGGCCAGUGCUUUACUCACUGUGCCACCUAGUUGCCCCCCAAAUAUUUUUUUUUCAUCAAUAGAUAUUACUUGAAAUAAUUCUAGAAGUGCUAACAAUCCAAUCAGACAAGAAGAAAUUAAAGGCGUAAAUAUCCUCGAAUAAGUAUUUAAUCCUUAUUUACAGAUGACUUGAUCUUAGCCUCAGAGCGUUAGCCAAGAAACUAAUCAAAAUAGCUUCAGACUGACCUAAGAGGGAAACUUCUUGGUGGCAUAGUAGUUCAUUUGUUUUCUACUGUCUGGCCUAGCAUGUUUCCCACAUGAACUUCUUGAUGCAUGCUGAUGUGCUGGCUGUAUAUUCACCUCAAUACCCUCCUUUGACAAAUAUUAAUACUGCCCUUCCAACUCUUCUCUCCCACCCCCCAUACAGCCACUCCCAUAUUUGGUGAAUUUAGCCUAUUCUCUCUCCUGUUAAGCAGGGUGGUGUACUGGGAAGAGCAUGGAAUUUUGAAUCAGGAAAGAUUUGGGUUUGAAUUCCCAAAAGGCAGAAGUUGGAAAAAUGAGUGGAAGUUGCAAAUUUAGGCUUGAUAUUUCUUAAGAGUUAAAGCCCAUCCUAAAGUAGAACAGGAGGAUGCCUCUGGAGGUAGGAGAUUUUCCCCUCCUCAAAGUCAACAAGCACUUAUUAAGCGCCUGCCAUAUGCCAGGAACUAUGCUAAGUGCUGGGGGUUAUAAAGAAGGGCAGAAGACCUCCCCAAUCUCAAGGAGCUCCAGGAGGCCUUCAAGGCAAAACUGAACAGUAACUGUCAGGGAUGUUGUAGAGAGGAUUCUGAGGAAUACAUUAGCCUAGCUCAGGAGGCCCCUUCUAAUUCUGUUAUUCUGAGUCCUGCUUCUGAUAUUGUUGGCUGUGCCACUUAACCUCUGACCCUCCCUUUCUUCAUCCAAAAAAACCAAAAGCCUACAGAACCCACCUUUAACAGUUACUAUCAAAUAAGGUACAGUUUGGACUGUGCUUCAAAGCUUGAAAGUGCUGUCUAAUUUCAGCUGUGAUCAUCAUUAUUGUUGCUGUUAUGAGACUUUCCUGGGGCACUGAGAACUUCCUGGAAAUACUUCACACAAAAUGCUUGUUUUUCCCCAGUGAAUUAUAUUAGCACUCCUUCUUCUUCAAAGUUAUCUGACAUUCAACAACUGUCAUCAGCACAAUGGCCAACCAUGGUUCCAGAGGUACCAGGAUGAAGCAUACCAUUCAGGUUUUAAUAGAGAGGUGAUCUCAGGCUGUCCAUCAAGACGUAUUUUUGGACGUGGCCAGUGCAGAAAUUAGUUUUGCUUUACUAUCCUUAUCUGCUUUCCUUGGGUUUUUUUCCUCCCCUCGGCGAGAGGGAAGUGGGAGGAAGAGAAACUGGAUUUUUAAUUGGGAAAAAAAUGUGAUUUAAUAAAAAGUUACCCAAAGCAAUUUGUGGAAAAUAGAUCUCACAUGACUACUGAACUCAGCCAAUCAGGAGGAUAUAAAGUGGGUCAAAAUAGUAUGCAAUACAAUUUAGCUGGCUGUAUGCAUGGGAUAGUUUUCCCAUAGUCUUUAGGAAGAAGGUCUGAAACAGAAAGGUAAAGGAAUGGGAGGACUUGUGGGAGGUUGUAGUCAUAGAGCAGAUGCCUGAAGUUUUAGGAAAAUACAGCCUUGGAGGACAAAAAGUUCCAGAUCUCAGAUAAUUACAUCCCACAGUAAUCUUGGGCAACAUUCUAGGAAUUGCUAGGGGGAAUUCCCAUAGAGUAACAGAAAUAUUUGGGGAACUCUAAUGACAGAAGCCUUGGCAAGCAUGAGAUUUCUGAUUGGCACAUAUCUGAACGAACCACCAGGAUUUUCCGGGGGAUCAAAGUACUUAGAACCACAGGUCAGGAGAAAACAUAAUUAGUGUAAGUACUGAAGAGUUUCAGCAUGGGUGAGUGGGUCCACAUCAAGGAGAGACCCUGAUGAAGUGCUUUAAGAAAACUGGAGGCUAGAAAGAGCACUCUCAUCUCUCACCUCAGUAUUAUGAAGAAGAUAUCACAAAGAGAAUUCCAUGAACAUUAAUUAAGCAACUCCUCAAAGACUGUCAAAAUAGCUGCCAAUCUGGAAUAGUGGCGUGUCCUCUUAGCUUUGUUUAUAAAAUCAAGAAAUUAAGAAUUUAAACAAACACAUUUAACAAAAUAUACUAUUGAUAAUAAAUGUUAGCCAUUAUAAGGAAAAAUUAUGGUCAGUAUUAUGGGGGAAAUAAUUUUUUUUUUAAAAGAGGCUGUUACUUGAAAAAAAUUACAUUGAUGGGUCAUUGAGAGAGUAAGGGCUUUCUCUACUAUGGUUUGUCAAUAUAUAUUGGCUGACUGCUUGGAUGUUUAAUGUUCAAGAUGGGAAGCAGAAGGGUGUUGACUAGAUUUCACGGUGAGCAGAUCAUACCUUCAAAUUUCACUUUUAAGGGCAUUUUCCAUUGUAAUUUCCUUUGUCCUGAUUCGACUACUGAAGCUUAUUUUAGAACACAUGUGACUUUUACAGUGCUGAAUUAGUCACUUUUUCCCAGCUCUGCAACAAAACAUGGUUAAUACAUACUAAAAAUUAAGUUCAUGUUUCUUUUAGAAAGUGAGAGUACAUUUAACUAAGACUUUUGCUUUAGCUGAAUAUAACAAUUUUAAAAAUGACCCUAUCACUCACAAUUUUAAUAACCUUCAAAGCCUGAAAGGGAAAAAAUUAGAGAAGAGCUUUUGAUACAACGGUAGGAACUUGAUUGCUGAAUAAGGAAAACUUGAUAAAUUUUCAAAUCUUUCGUAAGAUUAAAAAAGUUUGCAAAAUUGUAUACGUAAGGUCAGCGUGGGGCCCCAGAAAUGGAAGAAAGUGACCCCUGUGAAAAUGAUCAGAAGGGACCUCAAAUAUUUUUAAUUACCUAGAAAUUUGAGUAAAGAAUAAAAAGUAACAUGAAAUAUCACACUUUUGCCAGUACUUACAUGUAAAAUGACCAUAGCUAAGGCAGAGACAAUUAAAUAAGUUUUCCCAGGUUUAUCUCAUAUGCAGGAUUGGGAACAGGGAGAAUGAAAUUCACUUUUAAUUUUUGGCCAUAAAAGCAAGUUUGAAGAGAGCAUAUUUAAAAAACUGUAUUGUAAUUUCCUUUAUGAAUUUGUUUAGAUGAACAGAUCUUAAAUAAAAUGUCCAUAGUUCUUUGA